AUGCGAUCGGUUAAACUGUCUUUAUUGACUGGUUGGCAAUUUCAAUGUUUUAAUACAAGUUGUUUACCUUUCGUCACUAUGAUAGUAAAAAAUGUUCGAAAGUGUCAAAUGGCAUGUUUAAGUGAGAUUUAUUGUAAAGCAGCCACUUUUCAUCAAUCUACUUCUAAUUGUGAAUUGUUUGUCAAUCUACCAGAUCCAAAUGGAAACAUGCUGGCCAAUAUAGAUACUAUUAGUAUAAUUAACAAGAAUGGGACAAGAUUUCCACCUGAACCAACCACAACAAGCACAACAACUACAACUACCACAUCAACAACAACAACAAGUAGAACUACAACAACAACAAGCACAACAACUACAACUACCACAUCGACAACAACAACAAGUACUACUACAACAACAACAAGCACAACAACAACAACCUCAAAAACAACCACAACCACAACAACAACUACAGCAACAACAACACCAACUACACCACCGACAACACUAAAACCAACUACACUAUUGCCUUGUGAUGCUUGUAUAGUUAAUGUUGCUCUUCACAGUAGUAGCGGUGCUAAUAGUGCUUAUAGUUGCUCUUAUGCUUGUAGUGGUAAUGACGGCCGUCAUGAUGAUUAUGUCGGUUAUUAUAAUUCUUAUGGCUUUGCGUUUGCUUCUGGUGCAUAUGGUGCUCCGAAUGGUUUUACUUGUACUCUUGCAACUAGUCCUAAUGGUUGUAGUUAUUUUCAUUAUGGUGCCGGUUUUUCUACUUAUAGUGGUGGUGGCGUUCCUGCGCCUCCUACAUGUAGUAAUAAUAAUGCUAAUUAUUGUUGUUGUCAUGCAAAUUAA